AUGUCCUCGCCCGGAGGCAUGCACUCUGGCCACUUGAGCUCCUCAGCCGGUCGCUCUGAAGCCGCUGCCGCAGCCGCUGCAGCGGCCGCAGCCUCUGGCUCGCCUCACUGGCAGCAGCAGAUCGUCAAAGCAGAGAUCUCACGUCAGUCCAACUCUCCGCACCACCAUGCACGAGCCGCUGCCUUGGCGGCGCGAUCCGCCACCAGCUCCGCCAUCGCUAUUCAGGACCCUACAAAGGGCAUCGUGCCGCCUCAAGUGGCUGCCAACGGUCUCUUUGUCGCAAAGAAGGAUCCCAGCGCUGCCAACGGUGGCGGAGCAGACGAUGGAAAGGGAAGCGGUGCCGAUGCUGCCACAGGCGCGACCAACGGCGCAACCUCAUCCUCCUCCACCUCAGCUACUGGCGCCGCCGUCAAGGACAAGCAGACCUGGUCCACCAUCGACAUGGGCGGAUUGGCGCUCAAGAACAUCGCCAACGAGGUCUACCGCUACUCGUUCCUCACAUCGCUCUUCAUCAACCACAAUGCGCUCACCACCAUCUCUGCCGACAUUGUCAAGCUUCGUCACCUCACCGUCCUGGAUGCAUCGGGCAACAAGCUCUCCUCGGUUCCACCAGAGCUCGGCAUGCUCACCAGUCUGCGCGAGCUCUUCCUCUUCGACAACAACCUCUCCACGCUUCCACCUGAGCUCGGAACCCUCCAUCAGCUAGAGAUGCUCGGCGUCGAAGGCAACCCGCUCCAGGACAACUUGCGCACCCUCUUGCAGCGCGAAGGCACCAGCGCCGUCAUCGCCUACCUCCGCGAUUCGUGCCCCGUUCCACUGCCGCCACCAGAGCGCGAGUGGAUCAUGAUCGACCCCGACCUCCCGGAUCUGGACGCAGACAAGGAUGCAGACGACCUCACCCAGGAAUCGUUCAACGUGCUCUCGUACAACAUCCUCUUUGAUCGAUACGCCACAGCGCAGAUGUACGGCUACACGCCAUCUUGGGCCUUGGCGUGGGACUACCGCAAAGAGUUUAUCCUGCAAGAGGUCAUGUCGUACAGCGCCGACAUCUGCUGUCUUCAGGAAGUGGGUGUCGAGCAGUACGAGGACUACUUCCUUCACCACCUCUCGCAGCAGGACUAUGAGGGCGUCUUCUACCCCAAGUCGCGUGCACGCACCAUGCGCGACGAUGAGAGGCGACGCGUCGACGGCUGUGCCAUCUUCUACAAGUCGAACAAGUACCAGCUCAUCGAGAAGCAGGUGGUCGAGUUCAACCAGAUUGCGCUCCAGCGACCCGAUUUUAAAAAGUCGGAGGACAUGUACAACCGCGUCAUGACCAAGGACAACAUUGCCGUCAUCGCGCUGCUCGAGAACAGGCAGUCCGGUUCGCGAAUCGUGGUCGCCAACGUUCACACCCACUGGGAUCCAGCGUUCCGCGAUGUCAAGCUGGUACAAGUCGCCAUGCUCAUGGACGAGGUGGAAAAGGCAGGCGCGCGCUUCGCCAAGCUUCCGCCCAAACCCACCGUCGCCGAAGGAUAUCCGCCACCGCCCAAGUACACCCACGCCAACCAGAUCCCCACCAUCAUCUGCGGUGACUUCAAUAGCGUGCCCGAAACCGGUGUUUACGACUUCCUCGCCAACGGAGAGGUGCCAGGUGACCACGAGGACUUUAUGGACCACGUCUACGGCAACUACACGGCUCACGGUUUGCAGCACAGCUACAAGCUCGAGUCGUCGUACGUGCCCAUCGGUGAGCUUUCCUUCACCAACUACACUCCCGGAUACGAGGGCGCCAUCGACUACAUCUUUUACAGCAAGAACUCGCUCAAUGUGACGGGCGUGCUGGGUGAGAUCGACAAGCAGUACCUUUCCAAGGUGGUCGGCUUCCCCAACGCGCAUUUCCCAAGUGAUCACAUUUGCAUUAUGAGCGAGUUCAACGUCAAGAGAUCCGAUCGAGGCUCGACGUCGACGGGUCGAGAGGUUCAUCAUCCGACGGGAAGAAAGUGA